AUGAGAAUUCGAAAGAACAAGAAGCUAUCGUCACUGAUAUACACGCAGGGUUCCAGGACCGACGGUGUUCACGUUUGCCGGCUGAACCAGUCGACAUGGGAUGCGAUUCCUUCCUCUCCAGAACCGUACCCUUCUUAUCUUCAUCCCCAGUUCGAAUGUGAAGAUAGCUUCAAUGGAAAUGGGAGUAUUGACGAUUCUAUUGGUGCUGUUGAGAGCGUAGCUACAAUGGUGGGGAGUGAAGAGGAAGCAAUGAUGAAAGUGGAAGGCAUGGUUAUAGAUGAUAAUAACGAUAACAACGAGACUAAAUCAGCCAAGCAAUUUGUGUUCGAGAGCCGAUGCGAAGAAGAAGAAGAGGAUAAUGAAUCGAACCAAGAGCCAUGUCUAUUGAAAUCUUGCUACAACAGCAGCGAUAGUGGGGAUAAUAUUAAUGUCAGCAAGAAAGUCGAGAAUUACAACAAUCAACCGACCGUGAGCCGUCAAGUACGAGCACGAGCAUCCAGGAAAUGCUCGUCAUCAGCGUCGAAGCCGUAUGAAUUUUACUAUUAUUCUGGGUUUGGACCGUCGUGGGGGAAAAAGAGACGCGGCGAAGAUAAAGUAAAGGAGGGAAUCAGCAAGAAUCAAAUUGAGCGUAAAGAGGUCGAAAACAACGGAAACGUCAUCACUUCCCAAAACAAUUCGGCGCAAUCGUAUUCCUCACAAAUCGAUGAUAAUAAAGAAUUUGAUUAUGUCGAUGACGACGAGAAGGAUGACGAGAAUGGGGACAGUGGCAACAAACGAAUGAGAAAGCCCAUUAAAGCAAGAUCGUUGAAGUCCCUAAUGUGA